AUGACAGUGUUUUCAUGGAUAUCCAACAAGAUUGUUGGUAAUGGACAACAACAGAGCAUGGAGAACAAUACCAACAGUACUGCUGAUUCUAUAACUUUUGAUACAGAAUCUGUGAUCAUUGAUGAUGAGUUUGAUGAUGACGAUGAUGACGAUGAACAUACUCCAAUGAGUGGCAUCAACAACAAGAGCGCACGCACCACUACACGACCUCAGCACUGGACAACGACAACUACUCCCAUCAUUCAGAACUUUAUAUCGAUUCCAAAGGAUAACAGUGCACAUCCUCUGGAGAUCAUAUUCUCGUUUGAUACGACCGGCCGCAUGUUUAGCUACUUUGAGCGCAUACGAUCAGAGAUGGCCAACAUCUUGGCAUCACUGUUUCAAACGAUACCCCAGCUAAAGCUGGCAUUCAUUGCGCAUGGCGACUACUGUGACGAUCAAUCAGAGACACGCACGCCCUACAAACGAGCAAUCUCCAUCCUGCCCUUCACCAGCGAUCGCAAUGAAAUACUCACAUGGUUGAACAAGAUUGAGAGGACCGAUGGAGGUGAUGCUCCUGAGCUCUACGAGUACGUCCUGAGGAAGAUCAGAGAGUUACCAUGGUCAGAGUGCUCAAAGAAGGCAGUUGUAAUGUUUGGAGAUGAUGUUCCACAUCCACCUAGCUUCACAGACCAACACUUCUAUUGGCGCAAUGAACUACACUAUCUCACAAAGAUUGGAGUCCGACUUUAUGGUAUACAGUGCAGGAACAAUAUGCACGCUCAAUUGUUCUAUGAAGAGUUGGCUGGCUUGUCAGGUGGAAGAUACAUCCAUUUGAAGCAGGUCGAUCACAUUGGUCAAUUGAUGAGACUGUUGUGUCUUAGAGAGAAUGGAAAGAGUUGGCUGGGUCGCUACGUCGAGGAUAAUCAAGCACUGGAACCACUGUUCAAGACUACCUUUGCAUCACUGUUUGAGGACGUCUUUGUUAGACAGCGCGACACUAUCAAUGUCCGCUUCUCCUGGUGGGACAUCUCCAACGACAUCGAUCCAAACCCAACCUUCCUCUGGAAUGAGAGGACAGGCCUGUUUGAGCAGAACGUGGCCAAUGUUGUGCCGCCCAAGAAGCCACUGGUGUCGCACAACAGAUCAACGGUGGCCUCGUCAAAGAUCCCUCUGCCGACCUUCACCCCAUACCAUCCCACUGGCAAUGGCUACUCAUCAUACUCUCCUAUGCUCUCACCUUCGACACCAUACGCAUUGCAUCAAAGGUACAACAACAACAACUCAGCAUCAGUGACUAGAGAAUCAUCAAGACACCAAGCCAAGAUAGGUGUGCUGCCACCAAGGUCUGGCCACAACAACUCAGCAUCAAAGAGGAAGUUUGAGGAGUAUGAACAAGAAGACGACGAUGCAAGCUCAGUAACAACAUCGGACAACUCACCAAAAGACAUUGGCUCGGUACAGAAUGGUGCGCCAAUCAUACAGUUACACAAGAAGGACUUUAUGUUCCUGGAGAAGCCUCCCAAGCCAUCUGCUUCGCUUGAAUCAAUCAUGAUGUCAACCAACAACACUGACACAUUCCUCACUACCUCAACCUCAACCUCUACAUCCACCACCACAACCACAUCGACCAACAAUCAAUCAUCCAAUCACUCUCCCAAGCAAAGGCAUAUGCGCUACUUUGAAACGCUACGUAGCAGCACGGGCGCGGACCAGUCGCCACCCAUGGUCGGCCACUUUAUCGCACUGCGCUCCAGUUCAAGCACACCAAAUGGCAGCCACAGCUCUGAGGAGAUUGUCGUGGGCAGGGUGGUUGGACUCACCUCGGACGACUAG